AGUUUUUGAAGCUAAAACACGCUUGGCUUGUAAGAUGCGUGCUGCCAUCUACAGGCACAGUGAAACAGUGUUUGUUAUUUUAAUUACCAAUAGAUAGCGUUUUUAGAGAAUUUUCAAACAAUCUAUUUUUGUCUCAGACCAUUUACCUUCUGUAGGACCUGCCUCGCUAGAGGUUACCCCUCUGUCAUUAAUACAAUAUGUGAUCGUGAUCAAACGUGUUCAUACAAACUGCAUCAAUAGAAUCGAUGUGUCAUUGUGUUCAAUCACACAUGUGUGUAUUACGAUUUAAAAUUUAUAGUUGCGUGUAGUGUAAGGACACAGGAUAUAUUUAUUGGUGAUAAAUAUUUCCGAUGUUUGAGUUUACCUCGUUCCCCUCAAAUAACGACAAACAAUUUUGUUGGUGAAUCUGAGUGCGAUAUAAGUCUGUAGUGGCCUACAUGCAUACCUACGACUACGACGACUACUACAUAUGGCGCAUACACGUCCGUUCGCCGAGGCACGCUGCCGCAGACUAAGCGAUAGCUCGUCGUGCGCCGAGAUAUAUAUGUAGCACCUCGUUGAUCGCUGUUUCCAAUAGACGACAUCUCUGCGUGGAGUUUUAGGUUGGACUGAAGCCGCGACCGCAUACGAAGCACUUUUAUAUCACGCAGCGAAAAACCUGUUCCGCGUGAUUGGUCAAUUGUGGUUUUAUUACUAACGUGUGUUCGCAGAUUUGUAUUGCUAAAAUUGUAAAUAUUAAUAAGACGAAAAUACAUUCGAUAUUGCAUUUUCAUACGAUAAAUCGCCUUUUAUUUCAAUCUCUCUAACCUACUAGUAAAAACCUUACAGUGGUGACACCGACGUGAGUGAAAAAAAUACAAAAAAAAAAUAAGAAAAAAAAUAUAAAAAAAAAUAAAAAAAUUAAAAAAAUGGAGUCAGAACACUCAGGCACCCAGAGAGAGCAAGACAUCGAGUUAGUCUCCAUCAAGUCGAGAUUACCACAGUUUUGGCGCGAUAAGCCUAGGCUAUGGUUCGCGCAGUUCGAAACUAUUACUGCCAACCAAAAGCUUAGCGAUGAGGCGAAGUUUGGACUUGUCGUCGCGCAACUGGACAAGAUGGACAUCGAGCAAAUUGGUGAUAUCAUCCUGUCACCAGCCAACACGGGCAGAUACGAGGCCCUAAAGAAAAGAUUGCUGUCUGUCUAUGAAGAAUCAGAAAAUAAACAACUACAGAAACUACUCAAUGAAGUUGAACUCGGCGACCAGCGACCUUCACAACUGCUACGACGGAUGCGAGAUCUGGGCCGCGACAAGAUUCCGGAGGACACACUGCGGAUGCUGUGGAUCAGCCACCUCCCGCCGGCAACACGCGCCGUACUAGCAGUGAGCCAAGAAUCAAAAUUAGACUCGCUAGCGGCUGUGGCGGACAAAAUGGAUGAACAUACGAAGGAGAUACAAUCUGUUUGUUCCUGUAGUCACGGAAGCGUCACAUCUCCGAAACCUACGUCAUCAAACGAGAGGAUCAUAGAAAUGAUCGAGUCGCUGACGAAGGAAGUAAACGAGCUGAAGAUGGAAAGAGCGAGAGGCAACUAUCGUCAACCAUAUACUCAUCGCCGACGGUCGAGAUCCCGGUCAAGGUCAGCAAAUCCAGAGUCGGCCGUAUGUUACUUUCAUCGCAAGUUUGGAAAGGACGCCUUCAAAUGCAGAAAACCGUGCAAUUUCGCAAAGAAAACCGGCCAGAGACAGGAAAACUAGGAGAGACUUUGGCUGCGACGGGAGCCGAGGUCAAUGAAAUGUUAACACACCGUCGCUUAUUCAUCAAGGAAAAGACCACUGGACUCAGCUUUCUCAUCGACACCGGCGCGAACGUGAGCGUACUCCCGGCAAGAAAUGCAAACAAAAAGAAA